CGUCCUCUCCUAGUAGAUGUGUACACUGUAUACUGCCUUAACUACGAGAAAGCUGUCCAAUUUGCUGCCAGUUUAGAGAAAGACCCGGUUCAUUGUCAGUGGAUGGCCAGACGGAACCUCUUGUUAAGCAAGCUAGAAGACCAGCCACCUCAGUUUCAACCGAUCAUAGCUGAAGUCUCAACUUCCAAGGAUAGACGGCCAAAUGAGUUUUAUGGUGAGGAGACUGCCCAGGCUGAUUAUGGAAGCACUAUAACCCAGGAAAAAAAUUCACAUAUGAAUGAAUAUAGUUCGAACGAAGUUCCACCUCUAUCUCCUUCAGUUUCCCUUGAUUUGAUAUCUAUUACAGCCGAAUCACUCGCAAUUUCGCCCACAGCCCUUAACCAAUCUUCGACUGGGUCAGAUUGCGCCGUCCCCGAUCAAUCUGCUACCUUUUUGACUCCAUCUCAAGAAAACACUGACCCAGUUCCCUCUAUAUGGCCACUGGAAUUUGACAUUCCUACUGCGGCCGAUCGGGCUGCUGCUGCCACAGCUAUUUCUUCGUGUCGGCCAUUGCUGCCACUUAGCUCGCGUCUCCUGACCCCA